AUGUCUGAUCCAUUUAAUGAUUAUUCUCAAAAUAAUGAUACCAAUUCCGAUUACCAAACAACCACAUUAUCUUGUAGUGUUCCAAUACUUUCAAUUUUAGCUACUGUUUUUGGAUGGAUUGGAGGAAUUAUUAUUUUCUUCCUUGAAAAGCAAAAUGUUUAUGUUCGUGCUGUUGCUCUUCAAUCUUUCAUUGUUAAUGGUAUUAUUUUUAUGAUUACUCUUUUCUUCCUUAUUUUCUAUUGGGCUGGAGUUUUCUUCGUUGUUUGUUUCUGGAUUAUGUUUGUUAUUGCAAUUUUAGUAAUAAUUGUUCUUGUUGUUCUUGCAUUUAUCAAAGCCAAAUCAGGUGUAUUCCUUGGAAUUCCCUUCCUUGACAAAUGGAUCCUUAAAGUUGCUAAUCACUAAAUUAUUCUCUUUAGUUAAUUGAAUCUCAAUU